GUGGAAAUCCAAAGGCUAACGCGAUUGGCAACGGUCUGGAGGUGUCGUCCCCGAGCGCGACCCUGCGCCACGAUGGAGAAGGCAGCCGCGGCGCGACGGUCCUGAAGUCCCGCGGCGCCCCCUCCCCCGCGGCCGAGCCUGGCCGGGCGCCGUCCCUGGGCGUGUGCCCCGCCGCAGCCCGCGGAGCCUCCGUGGCUCCUGAAAAAGGGGGCGGGGAGCGCGGCGAGCGGCCCGAGUCUGCGGCUUCCUCCCCACGCCCGAUCCUCCGCGCAGCGCCCAGAGGACGCGCGCCCGAGCCCGGUCCCUACGCCGCAGCGCGCCCGGGCCCCCGGCCCAAGCCAGAACAAUCGACCAUGACAACCGAAUCGGGAUCAGACUUGGAAUCCAAGCCGGAGCAGGAGGCCGAGCCCCAGGAGGCGGCGGGACCAGAGGGUCACGCGGGAGCACAGCUCGGGGUGCAGCCAGGAGCCGAGCCGGGCACUGAGGAGCAGCCCCAGGCACUGGAGCAGUUCGAGGAGGCGGCAGCGCACAGCACACCCGUGAGGAAGGAGGUCACUGACAAGGACCUGGAGUUUGCCGCCGGACCUUCCAAACAGCCCGAAUAUCAGCAAUUCGAUGACGAUAAACUUUCUCAGAAAUCAUCUAGCAGCAAACUAUCUCGAUCUCCAUUAAAGAUUGUCAAAAAGCCUAAAAGCAUGCAGUGCAAAGUGAUACUUCUGGAUGGAUCAGAAUAUACCUGCGAUGUAGAGAAACGCUCCAGAGGCCAAGUGCUGUUUGAUAAAGUAUGUGAACAUCUGAAUUUGCUAGAAAAAGACUAUUUUGGGCUUACAUAUCAAGAUGCUGAAAACCAGAAGAAUUGGUUGGACCCUGCUAAGGAAAUUAAAAAACAGAUUCGAAGUGGUGCUUGGUACUUUUCAUUUAAUGUGAAAUUUUACCCACCAGACCCUGCCCAGCUGUCUGAAGAUAUCACCAGGUACUACCUCUGCUUACAGCUGCGCGAUGACAUCGUGUCUGGCAGGCUGCCCUGCUCCUUUGUCACCCUUGCCACGUUGGGCUCGUACACCGUCCAGUCAGAACUGGGAGACUACGACCCAGACGAGUGUGGCAGUGACUACAUCAGCGAGUUCCGCUUCGCGCCAAACCACACAAAAGAACUAGAAGACAAAGUCAUCGAGCUGCACAAGAGCCACAGAGGAAUGACUCCCGCAGAAGCAGAGAUGUAUUUCUUGGAAAACGCCAAAAAGCUCUCCAUGUAUGGGGUGGAUUUACAUCAUGCCAAGGAUUCUGAAGGAGUUGAAAUCAUGUUAGGAGUGUGUGCAAGUGGUUUGUUGAUAUAUCGUGACCGACUACGCAUCAACAGGUUUGCCUGGCCAAAGGUUCUAAAGAUUUCGUACAAACGGAACAACUUUUACAUUAAGAUCCGGCCGGGAGAGUUUGAACAAUUUGAAAGCACCAUCGGGUUUAAGCUGCCCAACCAUAGAGCGGCCAAGCGUUUAUGGAAAGUGUGUGUAGAGCACCAUACAUUUUUCAGACUGUUGUUACCAGAAGCACCUCCAAAGAAGUUCCUUACCUUGGGUUCCAAGUUUCGUUACAGUGGCAGAACACAAGCCCAAACCAGAAGAGCUAGUGCAUUGAUAGACCGCCCAGCCCCUUACUUUGAACGUUCUUCCAGCAAACGUUAUACCAUGUCUCGCAGCUUGGAUGGAGCAUCAGUGAAUGAAAACCAUGAAAUAUACAUGAAGGAUUCUGUGUCUGCUGCAGAGGUUGGUACUGGCCAGUACAUAACAACAAAGGGCAUCUCUCAGACCAACUUGAUCACCACUGUGACUCCGGAGAAAAAGGCAGAGGAGGAGCGGGACGAGGAAGAGGACAGACGGCAAAAGGGCGAGGAAGCCACACCAGUCGCUGCCGUACGGCCCGAGGGAAAGACCGACAGUGAGCGCACGGACACCGCGGCCGAUGGGGAAACCACCGCCACUGAGUCGGACCAAGAGGAAGAUGCAGAGCUCAAGGCACAGAAUAGUCUGAUUAAGCGAAUAAAGGGUGAAAAUGUGUAUGUCAAACAUAGUAAUCUUAUGUUAGAGGAGCUAGAUAAAACCCAAGAUGACCUGAUGAAACAUCAGACCAAUAUUAGUGAGCUGAAAAGAACCUUUUUAGAAACCUCCACGGACACUGCCAUCACGAACGAAUGGGAAAAGAGGCUUUCCACCUCCCCCGUGCGACUAGCCGCCCGGCAAGAGGAGGCACCCAUGAUCGAGCCGCUGGUACCUGAAGAGACCAAAGAAGAAAGAGAGAUUUCUGAAAAGGUUCUAUUUUUGCAUCAAGGAAGCUCUCCAUUCUUUGAGUCUCAGCCGAGUGUGAUAAAGAAAAUUCAGGAAGGAGGCUCUGUGGUUACCUCUCGUCAAAUCAUUUUCCAGAAAACUGUCCCAUCGACCCUAGAGGGCACAGAGGACUGGGUUAUUGUAGACAAAAUACCCACUGAGGUAGUUGAUGGUGAUUCGAAAAAGACUGUGACGUACAAGGUGGUGACCACGAGCGGUAGAACUGAUGACAUCCCCACCGACUUGUUAGGAUCUAGCGCCACUGAAGUGCAGAGCUUCGAAGACUUGGCCCGAGAAAUGCACUUGAAGGAAGAGAACAAACAGAAAAUAUACACACUCGGAAAGUCCUACGAUACCGUGUCCGGAAAAAUUGUCACUAUGACAGGAAAAGUCAAAGAAGGGGAGAAGGUGUUGUCCCCCUCCCCUCUUGAGCUGGGACUAGCCGAGUCCGUGAAGACCCCCCCUGUCCUGGCAGAGUUCGAGGUCCUGGGAGUCCUCACCGAGGACAGGACCAGGAGGGGGCCUGAGGUCCACACUCCAAAGCGGAGGCCGUCGGAGUCGCUGGCCCCCAUCAGGGAAGCCGAGUCCCGGCAGCAGAGCCCCGAGGACGAUGCUCUGGAGAAAAGGCACGCACCCGGGAGGGAUGCCAGCCUGGAGGGCGAGCAGCUGGGCAGAGCGGAGCCCGAGAACGAGGCCGAGGCCUUGAAGGUGGGGCCCUCCGGUCCCCACGGGAAGAGCCUGUCCGAGUGGAUAUACUCCCAGGAACCGGCCGUCACCGUCGCCACCACCCGAUACGUUGUCACAGAGUCGGCCACGUCCCAAGUCGUGACUAAACAGUCUUCUGGAGAAAAGCUCAUGGAUGGCUCUGAAAUCUUCAGCUUAUUAGAGUCUGCGAGAAAACCGACAGAAUUCAUAGGAGGGGUUACUUCCACUUCUCAAAGCUGGGUGCAGGAAACGGAAACCAAGACGGAGUCUGGCAAAAUAGAGAUGGAAACAACCCAGCGCCCCCAGCCACUUAGCACCGAGAAGGUUGUGCAGGAAAUGGCAUUGAUGGAGGAAAGACAUGUGAUGAAUGUGCAUGCGAGUGGGGAUGCUUCUUACGCAGCUGGAGAUGACAUGGAUGCUGUGACCCAGGCAGCAUCUGCUGAUGCUUCUGAUGUGAAAGGGAAGGAGAUCUCUGCUCUGACUGAGGGAGCAAAGGAGGAAAAAGGGGAGGUGGCCGACAAAGCUGUCCUCGAGCAGGGAGAGAUGGCAGCUGCUUCCCAAGAGCCAGAGGAGGAGCAGAGUGCAGCCAUCCACGUUUCUGAAGCUUUGGAACAAAAACCUCAUUUUGAGUCAUCAACUGUGAAGACAGAAACCAUCAGCUUUGACAGUGUUUCACCAGGAGAAGUAAAGCUAGAAAUUUCUACCAAGGAAGUGCCUGUAGUUCACACAGAAACAAAAACCAUAACGUAUGAAUCAUCACAGGUCGAUCUUGGUGCUGAUUUGGAGCCAGGUGUGCUCAUGAGCGCACAGACGAUCACAUCUGAAACCACUAGCACCACGACCACCACCCACAUCACCAAAACUGUGAAAGGAGGCAUUUCAGAGACGAGAAUCGAGAAGCGAAUCGUCAUCACGGGAGAUGCGGAUAUUGACCAUGACCAGGCACUGGCUCAGGCAAUUAAAGAGGCCAGAGAGCAGCACCCUGACAUGUCAGUGACCAAAGUAGUGGUCCAUAAAGAGACAGAGAUCACCCCUGAAGAUGGAGAGGACUGAGCCCAGGAAUAACCUAGGCUGCACCUGAAGCCAGUCAUGCAAACCAUUAUGAAAAACCAGAGUCUAUAUGGAGUUUCCUCUUCUAACCCACUGAUUUGUAUCUGCCCAUGGACAAUUUCAAUCCAGAAGAACUGACCUUGACCAUUUAAUAAAGACACUGGCAGAGAUCUUCCCAUAAUAAAGCAAUCUGAGUCAGCAUCACUAAACUGAUAAUGCAUGAAGCAACGAUACAAUUACAAAACAAGCAGCAUUUUUACGUUUCACACAGUGUCUAAGUUCUCAGCUACACCUGCACGUUCAUAACCAACAAUAGAAACCGUGAUCUCAUGUAACACAUAAAACAAUCCAUGCCUUUCAUAGCUGAUUAUUAUUAAAGUCUAAACAAAAUUGCAGUUUCUUAGGUGACAGAUCUUUUGUUUACAGAUCAACAAAGAGUACCCUCAACUGCUAGAAGCUGUCUAGUCCAGUGUGUCAGGUUUUUCCCAUAUUAGACGUGCCAAUAACCGAGUUUAUUCAGUAAACAACUUGAAUCUUGUACUUGUCUCCUCUGGUUUAUUACUCUCACCUGUCAGCAGUAACGACUCUCCGAUCCUCUGGAAAUAUUUAAUGCUCACCAUCCUGCUUUGUGUAAUCUAAUUUAACCGUUAUAAAGUAGUACUGACUUUAGCAUAUUAAUGUGAUUUCUUCCCCGUCGUCCGCUUUGGUCUGUGUUCAGUCUGGAAAGCUUCCCAGAGUUCCCUAACAAGUCCUAAAUAUGUAAAUUGUCAUUAUUUUGGAAAGAAAACCUGUAUUUUUGUUAGUUCACCGUAUGAUGAAAUUUCACUCCGGGAAAACCCGUUGGGCUUCUGUUGCUUUGUUUUCUUUCUUCAUUUCUUCGUCCUUGUAUUUUUUUAAUGGAUUUUUCUUCUUUUACUUGAAAAAAAGUGUUUUAUUUCCAAAUCUGGUCCAUAUUUGCAGUCUAGUUCAGAGCCAAGCCUUAAACUGUACAGAAUUUCCACUGUAAUAAAACUAUUUAGUGUUUAGUUAUAAAUAGCCUUCAAAAAGUUAUAUUCUCCAUCUCACUGUCAACCGCAUCGCACAGCCAUGGUGAAUGUAUGUUUCCGCAUAGCAAAAUAAAAAUGGUAAAUGCAUUUAAACCUCUUAUUCUCUAAGUGUACUACUUUCAGGAUUGUACGUGUUUGGCCCAGAGCUAACAUUUGCAUGACAUCAAAGGCCUCAUUCAUCUUCAGGGUAGAGAGAGCCUGUCUUUUUCCAGGAGAAAAAGUGUAGACAGAUGGGGAACGAAAUACGUGUAGAUAAAUGGUUGGUUGCCUAUGCAGGCCUUGAAAAGUACAACUAGUAUCACAGAAUCUCACUUUCAAAGUUUUCGUUUUUCUGUUAGAAGACAGGCUGUGCUAUAAUCCCAGUGUUUCUGGGGGCUUUUAAUCUACCAGAGAGACACCUCUGUCUCACAUCCUCUCCAGAGACGAGUAGGUUGGCAGCUGGGUCUGCAGGGCCGUGAGUGUUUCUGCAGGUCACUGACAUCCAGCUCCUCGCAUGUCGGGGACUAAGAAUCAGCCUUUCCGUUACCAACCGCCCACCUAACGCCUAAAUGCAUUCGCUGGCAUUUCUUACCUCACUUCUGGACUUUGAAAAAAACUCUUAAAAAAAAAUGUUUUAUUCUUCCUCAGAAAAUUACUAGAUUUGACCACAGAGCUUAGUUUUACUGAGGGAGUCAGAGUCUUAUCAUUUAUCUCUGAAGGAGUUCUCAGUUUGUCCUUACUGUCAGUACUAAGUAUUCAUUUUAGGAACUGAAGCAUCAUUUUCACUGUGUUUAAAGCCAAUCCAAAGAAACGUGUUGAGAAAAAUUAACACUUUAUUGAUAUGAAAAUUAACCCUUUAUUGAUAGGCCUGCAUCUGAUAUGCUUACUUUGUGUCCAAAAAGUUCACUCUUUUAUUUUUCUGAAAUUUUUAUUGAGGUAUAAUUGACAUUAUUUUCUAUUAUUUUCUCGGUACAACAUAAUGAUUUGAU